UCAUGUGGCCAUUUUCGCAGAUUUAAAUGAUUUAACCAAGUAAAAUUUUAUACUAUUUAACAUAUUUUAGUGCCUAAACAUCAUAAGAUUUGACCAUAAAUCUUCCCCUACCCCUACUUCAGGAAACAAAUGUAAUAAAAUAAAUUACAUAAGAGUAAAAUUAAAUAAAUAUGUCAUCGAAGUAUAGGAUUCUAUGGAAUACCAUAUCAAGAAUUAAAUUUGAUAAGAGAUUUAUACAAAAGUGUAUUAAUGUACCAUUCCCUAAAGUAUCACCCAAACAAGCUGCAAUACCAUGUACCAUUGGGUUCUCUCUGUUCACUUGGCUAGGAUUUCAACCAAAACUUAGUGCUGAAGAUGAGCUUAUUCAAACUAUCAAACACUGUGUACUUUUUAUUCAAAGAUUGCAAUAUGAUAAAGCUGAACAAUUACUUCAUAUUGCAUUAAGGCAGGCCCAGCAAAUGAAUCAUAAAAUGGGUGUAACAUACAUCUAUGAUGUCAUGGCUAACUUGGCAUUAGAAAGAGAACAACUAGACAAGGCCAAGCAGCUCUUUGUUGCAGUAACACAGAGAAUAAUGGCAGAUGGAGCUAAAGAAGAUGAUCCUAGAGUUGUACAUCUUAGUAUCAAACUGGCCAGAAUUAGCCAUUUGAAAAAAGAAUAUUCAACAGCUCAACUAGGUUAUGAUUGGUGCUUAGAAAAGUUACAUAGAGCUAUGGGUACAAAUCCUAGUGAUGACACUAUUAAAAUGCUUGCAGUAGCGGAGGACUGGUGUGGAAGGUUGUAUGUAGAUUGCAGUAGACUGGAGGAGGGCUUGAAAUUGAUGGUAAAUUCACUUGAACAUAUGCAGACAGUUGGUGAUGUGGGCCAGGAACAUUUUGUAGUCCAGCUGAAUGAUAUCGGAACAGUUUGUGUCCAGUUAGGAAGGACAGAUGAAAGCAUUGCUUAUUUUAAACAAGCUAUAGAAAUAGGAAAGCAGUUACCGGAGAUGGAAGAAUUAGGAACAAUGUAUGUUAAUUUAGGGAGGGCUUAUUUGAAGAAGCAACUGGUAGAGGAAGCCAGGAAGAGUUGUGGGUACGGGUGGAAACUGGGGGUGCAGGCUAACAAUAAAGAAAUCAAAGAAGAGGCUGAGGAAUGUAUCAAAGAAGUAAGGAGUAUGAUGAGGUAGAAUUGUACUAGUAGUUAGUACAGGUCGAUUGACAAGAGCUGGCACAAAUGGAAUUAAUGAGUGAUAUCUAAAUGAGUCUCUGACUGUACACCGAUACUGGUGUCACUCAUAUAAUGAAUGUUUCAUUCAUUCAAUUUGUGCCAGCUUUCAUGAAUCAACCUGUAGUUGUAGAAUUCUACAGUCAGGUACAAAUAUAUAUAUCUAAUACCAAAUGUAUAAAAUAAAAUUUGUUAGCCUCAAACAAACCGAAUAACUUUAUAUACAAUAAAAUGCAUUUAUGCCCCAGUUACCCAUAGUCCCAACACCACUGAAUAUUAUAUUGCUUUAGAAGACUCGAAGAAGUUUAUGAAAAUCUUGAUCAAGGCACAGCACAGGUGUGUCAUAGGACUCUUGAAAAACCUAUCUGCUAAAUGUUAAUUUAAGUUAUAAAGAAUAUAUCCAUAUAAAAUUUAACAUAUAAUAGAUUUAUUAAAUCACAUUUAGAAACGGGUCUAUCGCGAAUUUAUUUUGUUACCUUUAUUUACCGACGUUUCGACACAGGUUUCACUGGUCGUGGUCGCGGCUAACUGACGUCCCAGCAAAAUGUCAAAACAGAGAUUUGUGUGACUACCCCACGAAAAGUGCAUUUAAAGUUCGAGGUAGGCAUCACAUUUUCAAACCACCCACUACACAUCAAAGUUAAUUAUUGUCAAUAGUCCAACACACAACACUCACAACAUCCGCGCACACAUCCGAAGAUAGAUCCCUCGGCUUUAACUUCUGGAUCACUUGUCCCCAAGUUGCCGAUAAGUUAAAACCAUCUUCCCUAUUAAAAUUUCUGGGGUGCUUCUUGAUUUCAAUCGCUUCUCGCACAACUCGAGGAUAAUAAUGCCGUUCAGUGGAGGCAUCGUGGAGUGGAAACGUCGGUAAAUAAAGGUAACAAAAUAAAUUCGCGAUAGACCCGUUUCUAAAUGUGAUUUAAUAUGUGUUUAAACCGCGAAAGUUUUAAAUGUUAUAUAAUAGAUUUGUAGACAUAGUAGCACACCUUGUAUAUACCCAGCCACUAUGU